GCAAAGCAACCCCCACUGGUUUUGACAAUUCUUUGUCGUAGUGAAAUUAAAAAUUGUGAUUUUUAUUUUACAAACGAAAAGUGUUCUAUUUAAAGCUAAUUUUAAAUCAAAUAUACAUUUUUUGUUUGCAAUGGCUGCGGCGGAGUUGAAUCCCUUCGCCGCAUUACUUAACGAACCAAAAGAAGAAGAGGGCUUUAAACAAGACUUACUCGAGCGUAUUCUACUUUUCACAUUGCGUAAAGGUUCAGCGUCCAAUGCAGCAAGAAGCUUUCCACUAAUUUCUAUGACUGAUAUAGUUGUGGAUGCCGAUAAUGACGCAACCGUAAGCGAAGAACUAUUGGCUCAUGCUAUUUUUGAACGCUUAAUGCUUAGCGAUCCUGGAGAUUAUUUGGUUGAAUCUGGUGGUGGCGUUUGUGAUGAAGACGCUGUAGAAACGCGUGCAAUAUGUUAUCUACAUCGUGCAUUUAUUGCAUGCGAACAUGCAAAAGCGGAAUUACCUGAACAUUCUGAUGCUUGUGAAAAAAUACGAAACCUUAUACUAACAAAUGCCAGCACUUGUACACGUCAGCCAGAAUUAUUUAUAAAUCAGAAUUUACCUACACAGUGGUUAGAGGUGUUAGAACACUCUGAUCCAGCAGAUACAACAACUCAAGAAUUCUUUGUACAAACUGUCGUCAAAGUAAUGGCGGAAGAUGAUCAAAUCGAAGCGCUGGGCGCUUUAAAAGCUAUAUUUUAUCCAAUGCUGGCUGAAGUACAAAAACAAUUAGCAAACAUCAAUCUCAUAACUAUAAAGAAAAAUACGUUUUUGACACUUAGUUAUUUCGUACGCGACAAACGUGUACUACAAUUGGGUGAAGUGCUCAUCGAUUAUGUUACGCCCAAUCCAAAUGCCAAAGGUAGUGAGUAUAUGGAUACAUUGCUUGGUCAAUUACUUUGUCUAUCUAUUAUGCCCAAAAAAUCAAAUGGGCCAUUUGAGUUCUUUGCGGAAAUCAGUUUGGAGACACAACACUCUGAUCCAUCACUGUGGCAACUUAUGGCUAUUCAUCAAGAUGCAGUAUUUGCACUUAUCAAGCAAUUGCUAGUAUUGAGCACAACUACCAAAAAGAAGACACUGCAAUGGAUAUCCAAUUGCUUACAUGCAAAUAUAUCACGUGGCCAUUUGUGGAGCAAUAUUAAUUUGCCAUUUGAGCAAGUAAUAAAUCAAAAUGCUAGCGAUUCUUUUAUGAUUGGUCUGACAGCGGUUCUUCUACGACUUUGCGCUCCUCUAUGCGAGCCCUCAAUGAAAGUUUUAUUAGUCGAUCCAACAUAUUGUGCUGUUACCGAUGCUGACCGGCAAGCAAAACAAGUUAGUAUAUUAAAAGCUGCAGAAGAAACCUGUCUUUUGCCCAUUGAUGAGCAUGAAACACGAAUCGUGGCUGAGAAAUUUAAUUUUGUCACCGAAUUAUUUUACAUGACACACAAAGCAUUUGAGUUAGGCUAUCGGGCCUGUAUUGAACGUUACACACGCAUGACGCGCGAACUGCAUAGUUUACAAACAGCAUAUCAUGAUGUGGCACAAACAAAUCCAAACAACGAUUUAGCUAAAAAUUUAUUGCGUAUGUUGAAGGAACAAAUGCAGCAAUAUCUCUGCAUGCGUAACGGGCUAAUGGAACCCACAAAUGAUACGCAUAUACUAAAAUUUUUCGAAGCAACCACCAUUUGGCUAACGGAAAUCGCCCUAAUUACCGAAGAUGAGUUUAAAUCUGCCCUCGCGAAGCAAGACUUUGCACCGCAUACUCGUAAAGAACGUCAAAUACCCGAUAAAUGUGAAUUUAUACCGCCAUAUUUGAAGUCAGUACCCGAAAAUGUUAUUGACAAUGUAGUUGCUUAUCUAAGUUUUAGUCGCCAUUUUCCACCCGGUCAAUUCAUUGAGAUUUAUCAAUCAUCACAUGACGCGCUAUUCAAAAUGAUUGUUUUAUUUAUGGGUAGUGCAGAACUCGUUAAGAAUCCACAUUUGCGUGCUAAGCUUGCUGAAGCAUUGGAAUUUUUGUUACCUAAACAAAUUUCAGGCAGUAUGCGUAAUUCUUUCAUAACUCGUGUGUUCGAUAGUAAUAUGGAUCGAUUGAAGGUGGUGCGCAGUUUGUUGAAUGUAUUUGUUAGCAUCGAAAUGACUGGACAAUCGGUGCAAUUUGAGCAAAAAUUCAACUACCGUCGGCCAAUGUAUGCCAUUAUGGAGUACUUGUGGACAAAAGAGGACCAGGUCCAAUGUUUUAAAGAUUUGGCUAGGGAAGCAGAAGAAAAUAUGGAGGCUAUUGAACCGCCACUGUUUCUCCGAUUCAUUAAUUUACUUAUUAACGAUGCUAUAUUUUUGUUGGAUGAAUCGCUCUCCAAUUUGGAACAAAUACGACAACUACAAGAGGCGCAGAGUCGUGGUGAAUGGGAUGCACUAUCACAGAACGAUCGCCAACAGCAGUUAUCGAGUCUACAUCACUUAGGUCAGAUGGCUCGCAUCGACAAUAUUCUGGGCCGUGAUACGAUCAAUAUUCUCAAGUUGCUUACAACUGAGAUUAAAAGUAUUUUUUGUCACAAUAGCAUGGUCGAUCGAAUUGCUGCGAUGUUGAACUAUUUCCUCUUGAAUUUGGUCGGACCACAAAAGGAGCGUUUCAAGGUAAAAGAUAAGAAAGAAUUUGAAUUUGAUCCAGCUCAGACGGUGUUAGAAAUUUGUCGCAUCUACAUAAAUCUUAGUAGCAGCGAACAAUUUUGUUUGGCCAUUUCACAAGAUGGCCGCUCAUAUAGUUCGCAACUGUUCAACUAUGCCGAGAAUAUACUGAUACGCAUUGGUGGUGGGCAAUUAAUUGGCGAAAUAAGCGAUUUCGCCGCUAAAGUUCAACGUAUGGAGGUGCAAUAUCGCGAAGAACAAGAAUUCAUGGCUGACGCACCCGAAGAAUAUCUCGAUCCGAUUAUGUCUACGUUAAUGACAGAUCCGGUAAUACUGCCCAGCUCGAAAGUGACUGUAGAUCGUUCGACUAUAGCACGGCAUUUACUCAGUGAUCAAACAGAUCCCUUUAAUCGUGCGCCUCUGACAAUGGAUAAAGUGCAACCGAACAACGAACUGAAGCAGAAAAUCGAAGCGUGGAUGACGGAGAAACGUGCCAGCGGACGCGCCGCGAAAAGUUGAAGACGAUUGUGUUGCGUGAAAUAGCCAAAGAUGUUAAUAGUUGUAAGUGGCGCGUUUGUUCAUAGCCUUUUGUUUUUGUUUCGUUUCGUUUUAUUUUAGAAAGCGCAGGUAUGUUUGGCGUUGCGACUUUAGAUAUUCUCAUUUAUUAGUAUAUUAAUGAAUUCGUUAAAGCCUUCGAGUUUUGCCCAAAAAUAAUUUCACAUUCCACAAUUCCAUUCAAUUCACGCAGAAUUAAAAUUUUAAUCAAAAUUUUAAACCACAGAUGGAAAAUAAUUUGAGCUUGGGCUUGAAAUGGUGCUAGAUGGGAACCUUGCAAGUUUUCUUUUGUAUAUCCCUAUUUCAUUUAAUUUUAGUAAACAUAAAAUGUAUAAGUUUGGCAAUAAUCAAAUGUUAAAGUUUCGAACACUAUUUAGUCUGUUAUCUUUUUGUUUUUCUCAAAUUUGUUAUUAAAUUUAACAUUAAUUUACAGUACAAAAACUGUAAGUGAUGCCUUAAUUCGUCUAAGCUCCUAUACGCUUUGGUUCUGUUAAAAAUUUAAAUUAUGUUUGGUAAAUACAAUAUACUGAUUUAUUUAUGAAAAUAUGUCUCCAACACAGUAAAUGCAAUAGAAAACAUUUUAGUGUACCCAGAUAAACUGAUGCGGUCAACGGCGGUGGACAGGCCAAUUAUCCAAUGGAUGUUUUGCAAUAAUAUCGAUAAGCAUUUAUACCAAUUAUGUAUAAUAUGUAUGUAGAUGUAUAUUGAGUUCCACUAAAUUCGUAUUUUUGUUUGAAUAAAAUACAAAAAAUUCCA